AUGGCCAGCAUCAAGAAGAGGAAGGCAGGGACCAACGAAGUCGGAAUUCCAUCAUCUUCCAAUCCAUUCGUAGUACUUCGAACUAUUAAAAAAGUCAAGACCGAGUCGAAUGGACGAAAUACGGCAGAGACAUCAGAAACCAAUGUAGAUCAACCACGACAGAAUGGUGGUGGUGCUCAGCAGGAAUUACAGCAAAAUGGAUUUAUGGGGAUUGGAUCUUGGCAAGCUAAUGGUAGCGAGACAGCUCUGUCAACAUUUCUACCUACAUCGUCUACAUUUGUGACUGAUACGAGCUCUGAAAUUGCGGUACUAGCUAUGAGAUCAGAUGAGACACUCUGUUUCAAGGGAUCCAUACUAGUUUGUCCUUUACGAGGCUCCAUAUCCGUCAUGGGUGCACGCAUCCAUGCUGAUAAACAGGUAGCUCAAGCAACUUUACAAUCACCAUACGCACUCCCUUCCACAAAGCUACACCUUCAUCGUAUCUUGUCCCCGAAAACAAACUCGUUACUCGUCAUCAAAGCCGAAUCAACUACAUCAUCCGAAGCUAUUGAGCGAAAGGAAACGACAUGGUCUAUAGACAACAAGACACAACAACGAAUAUCGUUGUUAUUGAACAAACUUAAACCAGACUCUGAUAUGACAGUCGUACUCGUCAAAUCAUGUAUAUGUGAUGCAAUUGAGAGUCUAGAAGGAUGUAUGCCUCAAUUCAAUAACUUGUUUACGGGAUCUGAGAGUGGAUGUUAUGAUAGUGGUAUUCGUGGAUUUGUGCCAAUGGUGGGACCUGCUGCUGCUUCCCUUUCGGCUGUCAAAGUGCCCAAUAGCUGGACGGAUGCUGUGAAUCAAGUUUUGAAUGGGCCAGAAACACAAACUGUUUGUGUAAUCGGUAGCAAACAUGUUGGGAAAUCGACAUUCGCUCGAUAUCUUACGAACUCGCUUCUGAAUCAAUAUGCAGCACUAUCAUAUCUUGAUGCAGACUUGGGCCAGCCAGAACUGUCACCUGUAGCAGUCGUGUCGCUUCAUACUGUAUCCAACUACCUUCUUGGCCCACCAUUCACGCAUUUGGAUUCCACGACCAGCAAGUCUGUGUUUUUAGGUGCGUCAUCACCUAAAGAUGAACCUGAUGCGUACCUAGACGCAUUGUCAGAACUCGUUCGCGAACGCAACGAGAAUGAUGAAAGUAGAACAAUUCCAUGUGUUGUGAAUACGUCUGGUUGGGUUAAAGGAAUGGGAUUUGAUUUACUAUCGCAUUUCAUCUUGACAUUGAAGCCUACUCACAUCAUUCAUGUGACGGAUGAUUCCACACCUUCAAAAAAUUUGCCAGCAGAUUUUGGUCAAAUUUUAGCUCAAAUGGCUGGUCCGCAGCUGAACUAUACUGUUCCAGCGAUUACUAUGAUAGAGGCAGUUGACGAGACUGUAGCCAGGUCUAGAUUCAGCGCCAUGGACUUUCGAACACUAAACCUGCAAUCAUACUUUUGCAUUCCAACAUCCAUGCAAACAACCAUCCCAACAUAUACACAUCCAACAUGCCAAACCCCAACCUCUGCAUCAUGCUCAUCAAUCCAAAUCCAAUUCGUACAUGGCUCUGUACCUCCUCAACAUACGUUACGUGCAUUGAAUGGCACUAUAGUAGGUCUUGUUAUUGAUAGCUCCUUCCCAAAGCAAGAAGCAACAGACGUAGACGAAGCAAGUAAAAAGAAACUUGCACUGUUAAAAACCCAAACAAUACUCCCAGCCCGCAACACGCACUGUGUUGGAUUAGGACUGAUACGAGCAAUCGAGCAAACAGAUACUGAAAUCAUAUUGUAUGUCAUCACUCCAGUUCGACUCAACAUGUUACAAAAGGUGAAUUUGAUUGUCCGGGGUGGUGGAUUUGAAGCUCCUGUAUCGUUACUAGUUGCUGAUGCUGGGACGAGAUUGGGUCGUGUUGGAUUGGGACUCGCGCCUGACAUACCAUAUGUUAUGGACGCUGGUAUGUCGGAUGGUAUUGUGUAA